GACGGAGCUGACACAGAACUUCUCAUGUCUACAUCACUGUUUAUUCAAUUAGUAGCCUACUACCAGAAGUGUGAGACUAUAUAGGCUCAUAGCGGGUGCACUAGGAGCAUUUACAUGAAUAUUACGGAAACGUCAUGGGCUACAGCAUGAGCGCGCAGAGUGUCACAUUUGAUAUUUCCUGUGCGCGUGUAACGCCAAGCGUGUGAGAGGAGCGACAUCAAAAGCGCGCGCUGGAGUAACACGAGCUGCACACAGGCAAGACACACUGCAGUCAUAUAAAGUCGCUUUGACGGGCUCUUCUCGUGGGUCAGCGCCUGCAGCGACUUUAUACGCCUCCCAUUUACUUAAGUGUGUUCAUAUCAGGAGCGAAGAAAGUGGCGUUCGCACGUCACUACCAGAGGUAAAUUAUAUAUUUUGAGUGUUUUUGACAUUUUGCGUUGGUAGUUUCUUGGCUCUCCCGUCGCAUCUACCAGACAUAUAACAGGACGCAUGCCACGCGUGUUUGGGUCCGCGUUGGUGAUGCCAUGCCCCGCAACCACAGCGGAGAUGAGGCCGGCUCCGGCCUCUGGAUGAACACCUCACCGGAGCACCACGCCGAAAGUUACGGAUUGCAUAAUGUGGAAUGUGGUGAUACGAUGAAGAACAAUUGUUCACGGCCGGAGGACGGACUGUUGUCCGCAUCUCACGCCGCCGCAGGUGCAUCGGCCACGGAAAGAGAACGGGGGAAGCAGGGCGCUCGGCUGAGUCUGCUCGGGAAGCCUCUGGUGUACGGCGCGCAGAGCGGCCGGAGAAACGCGCGCUACCGGAGGAUUCAGAACUACCUGUACAACGUGCUGGAGAGACCAAGAUCCUGGGCUUUUAUCUACCACGCUUUUGUGUUUGUCCUGGUGUUUGGCUGCUUGGUGCUGUCCGUCUUCUCAACCAUUCCAGAUCACCAGGAAAUGGCCUCUCAACGUCUCCUGAUCUUGGAGUUUGUGAUGAUUGUGGUGUUUGGGCUUGAGUUCAUCAUUCGAAUCUGGUCUGCUGGUUGUUGUUGCCGGUACAGAGGAUGGCAGGGACGUCUUCGCUUCGCAAGGAAGCCGUUCUGUGUUAUAGACAUUAUAGUGCUUAUUGCCUCUUUUGCGGUGGUUUCGGCUGGGAGUCAAAGCAACAUUUUUGCAACAUCUGCCCUGCGAAGCUUACGGUUCUUACAGAUCCUGCGAAUGGUACGCAUGGACCGCCGUGGAGGAACCUGGAAGCUUCUGGGAUCUGUAGUUUAUGCACACAGCAAGGAAUUGGUCACCGCCUGGUACAUUGGGUUCCUUGUGCUCAUCUUUUCCUCUUUCCUGGUUUAUCUGGUGGAAAAAGAGUUCAAUAAAGACUUUGCCACCUAUGCGGAUGCAUUGUGGUGGGGCACGAUCACCCUCACUACUAUAGGUUAUGGAGAUAAGACUCCUAAAACCUGGACUGGACGGAUGCUAUCUGCUGGCUUCGCCAUGCUUGGGAUCUCUUUCUUCACUUUGCCCGCGGGUAUUUUGGGUUCAGGUUUUGCCCUGAAGGUUCAAGAACAGCACAGACAGAAGCACUUUGAGAAGAGAAGGAACCCUGCUGCCUGCCUCAUACAGGCUGCGUGGCGAUAUUACUCCACCGAUGGUAGUCGUCCUUACCUUGAGGCCACUUGGCGUCACUAUGAGUCUACAGUCCCUGUCCCGAGUCAGAAACUGAGUUUUAAGGACCGGGUAAGAAUGGCAAGCCCACGUGGACAGAGCAUUAAAAGCAGGCAGACAUCUGUUAUAGACAGACGUUCGCCUGGAGCUGAGAUCAGCACUGAUGGAUCGAGUCCUACCAAGGUCCAGAAGAGUUGGAGUUUUAAUGACCGCACCCGAUUCAGACCCUCCCUCCGUCUCAAGAGCCAAUCACGUGAGGCUAAUGUUGGUGCUGAUGACGCUUUUGAUGAGAAAGGGUGUCAUUGUGACAUGUCAGCAGAGGACCUGCCGCCCGCACUGAAGACCGUCAUCAGAGCAGUGAGGAUCAUGAAAUUCCAUGUGGCGAAGAAGAAGUUUAAGGAAACUCUGCGACCAUAUGAUGUAAAGGAUGUAAUAGAGCAAUAUUCAGCCGGUCAUCUGGACAUGCUCUGCCGAAUUAAAAGUCUGCAAACCAGGGUGGAUCAGAUUCUUGGUAGGGGCCAGAUGCCUAUGGAUAAGAAGGUCAGAGAAAAGCUGUUAUCUGACUCAGACAUUCUGGAAGACGUGAGCAUGCUGGGAAGGGUGUGUAAGGUAGAAAGACAGGUGCAGUCUAUUGAAACUAAGCUGGACUCCUUGCUGGACAUCUACCGUCAGGUUCUGCAGAAGGGUUCUUCCUCUGCCCUCACUCUCUCCCCUCUUCCUCCUUUUGGGUUGGAGGAGACUUUAGACUAUCCGAGCACCAUCCUAAGUAAAGAUCUCUCUUGCUCCUCCCAGGUCAGCCAGUCCAUCUGUGGUAAUCACCCCAGAGCACUCCAACUAAUAUUAGCCCCCAAUGAACUCAACCACAACCAGAACAACUCCACAGCAUCAUCUCCCGGGCUCCAUCCAGCCUCUGCCUCACCUUUUAACCCAUCAACCUUUCAGGUUCCUUCAACCCCAUCCAUGGAGUGUCCAUCAGCACAAGGGAGUCCUUCUCAAAUCCUCAGCGCCAACAGUUUUCACUCUUCUGUAGGCCACUUUCCAUGUGUCAGUCAACCACCUCCUCCUCUUUCAUCCCCGACCUCUUCAAAGCUUCAACUUUCUUCUGUUCCUCCACAAGCAGGUCAUGUUCGCAGCAUGGGACCCUCUAGGUCGGACCCUACCGACUACUCCAAAUCCUGCUUCAGAGGAGUCGGGAUGGACUUUGGGCUUAACUCUAGUAUUAGCUGCAAGCUUCAGCAAAAAAGCAGACCCAGUGCUAAAGAGGACAGUUCUUGGAGGAGACAUACAAGCAUGGAUGCAGAGAUGGACCCUCUUGUUCCAGUCUCUCCUCUUGCCCCAAUUCAAGGCCAAUGCAGUAGAGGCAGAGGACUAGGGAAAUCCCUCUCUGUUCAGGACUUCAUGGAGCCUGUUCUGGAAGGUCUCAGUGUGGACACGCAUUCUAGUCAGGCGAGUUUCUCCACCAGCGUUAGCAGCAGCCAGGAGUCUUCAGCUGGGGGCAUUGAGAUGGGAGUAGGGGCCUGGGGAGAAGCUGAUCUCUUCAUCAGCGAUAGAGACCUUGAGCUCUCAACUAAGACACAUACUCAAGGGUUCAACUUUCUUUCCCAGACCCCCAAUGAUGCAUCCUUCUCCUCCGAGCUGCUUAGGACAAGUAAUACGGGUGGUGCUAGUCACAACCUAGAAAGUGGACAUACUCCCGAUACAGGCAGCAGUGAGACUAUGAACAUGCCACAUGUUCGACUAAAAUAACUACAUUACUAAUGUAUUACAAACUCUUAGAAACCAUCUCUGAUGGAAUGAAACUUUGAUACGAGAGUUAUUUUGGAUUGUUUUGUAUUUUUAUGAGGCCAAGGCUAAUUUAGAUCUUUUUUUAUACGUGUUCUAUUAUUUUGGUUUAUUUGAAAGAAAUUAUAUUGGCCACUGUACAUGACAUAUCAUUGCAUGCAUUGUUCUUUUUUUAAAAUGUACUGUAACAUUUAAAAAAAAAAAUCUAAUAGAAUGUGGUAGAUUAAUAAUCAAACUCCUGAAAUGAUCAAAAUCAGAUAUGGCAUAAACUAUCCAUUGGACUGCAUGAACACUGCAUGUCUCCAGUCUCAUUAAAGAAUGGCUCAUCAACCCAAUAUUCAAAAUAUGACAAAAAUAGAAUGAGGUGUCAGAACAUAAGACAUAAGUAGAAAUAUGUCACACUUUCUGAAUUGAUUUUAUUGUAUUAAAAGGUUGUUUACUUUUCUUAUGUAAAAACAAAAAAAGUGCCAGACAUGUUGUAGGAAACUGAUGCUGCUAAAAAUUGUACAGUUUUGAUAAAGCAUAUUAAAUGAUGAGAAGAGCACCUCAUAGUUUCCUUUCUACAUCAGUUGCUAUUUUUUUAUUAUUAUUUGUCUUUCUUUUUUUUUAGCUCUGAUCACAACGCAAACACAAUU